AUGGGAGUAAUUGAAAUUGAAUCAGAACAACAAUUCACCGAUCUUACUAAAUCUGAAGUAACCAAAUUAAUUGUACUUUAUUUCCAUACACCAUGGGCAGGACCAUGUAAAUCUAUGAAUCAAGUUUUCAAAACUAUUGCUGAUUCAAAUAAUUCAAAUUCUGAUAUUUUAUUCUUAAGUAUAAAUGCUGAUGAAUUACUGGAAAUUAGUGAAAUUUUUGAAGUUAAUGCUGUUCCAUAUUUUAUCUUGAUUAGAAAUCAAACUAUUUUGAAAGAAUUAUCUGGUGCUGAUCCAAAAGAAUUUAUUCAAGCAUUAGAACAAUUUUCAAAUUCAUCUAAUAAUAAUAGUAAUAAUAACAGUUCAACAAAUUCUGGUUCUGUUGCUGCUAAUACUACUACUCAAGCAAAUAAUGAAUCCAAAAAAGAAGAAAACUCCAGUGCACCAGUAGAGGAAUCUGAAGAAGCAUUAAAUGAAAGAUUGGAUAAAUUAACUAAAGCUGCUCCAAUUAUGUUAUUUAUGAAAGGUUCUCCAAGUUCACCACAAUGUGGUUUCUCAAGACAAUUAGUUGCCAUUUUAAGAGAACAUCAAGUUAGAUUUGGAUUUUUUGAUAUUUUGAAAGAUGAUUCUGUAAGACAAGGUUUGAAAACUUUUAGUGAUUGGCCAACUUUCCCUCAAUUAUAUAUUAAUGGGGAAUUCCAAGGUGGAUUAGACAUUAUCAAAGAAAAUAUUGAAGAAGAUGAAAAAUUCUUUGAGCAUGCAUUAGAAGGUUAA